AUGGCCGGAGAGAAAGGGAGGUGUCGCCAUGGAGAUUCGCCCAGAUCCAACCGUCGGAGAUCCACCCCUGGGGAGGGCGCUGCCGCGGGCAAGGUUGGGAUAGCCAAGGGAGCGGCCCUGCGCGCGGAUAGGGUUGCGCAAUCACUAAGGGCCGCCGUGCGCGCGGAUCGGGUUGCCCCACCACCGAGUGCCGCCGUGCGCACGGAUCGGGUGAGGCCGCGGCACCGCCGGUGGCUGUCGUGUGCACGGAGAGAGCCGCGGUGCCGCCGGAUGCAGGUCCCCCUGCCGCCGCCAUCACCGGAGGGAGAGGAGGGGAGGGGAGGGGGGGCGCAGCCGCCAGGAUCUGCCAGCCUCGCCCCCCGCCGGGCGAAGGUAUGGGGGAGGGGGGCGCAAAGGUACUCCGACAGGGCCGCCGCCAGUGGGGAUGACGGGGUCGACGCUGCCGGUGGGGAUGGCGAGGUCGACGCCGCCGGUGGGGAUGACGAGAUCGACGCCGCCGGUGGGGAGGACGAGGGAACGCCGGUGGGUUGGGGUGUGGAGGGUGGCGCCGGGGAGAACCGUGGGGAAGCCGCCGCCAGCACCGUUUGUGUCGAUGCAUGGGAGGAGAGAGAAUAA